AUGGCAUCGGUGUCUAAGAAGCUGCCGUCCAAACUAUAUGCUAUUCAAGCUCAUAGCAGUAAAGUAACAUGCCUAGAUAUUGGAGAAACUGGACGCGUUCUGGUUACUGGAGGUCAAGAUCGAAACCUAAAGCUAUGGACAUUCGGUGACGAAAAGUGUUUUAUGACACUUCCCGGGCACAAUUCGUCUAUCGAUUGUGUGAAAUUUGCCUAUUCCGAUGACUUUGUCUACUCGGCGGACGAUACCGGUGUAAUAAAGCGAUGGAAUCUGAACGCAUCGGACUCCAUCUCGCUGUUUGGACACAUGAAGAGUGUCCGCACGCUUGAUUUUUAUCCGUACAGUGACACAUAUCUCGUGUCCGGUAGCAAUGAUACGUCGAUUCGACUCUGGGAUGUCCGGGAGAAGGUAUGCAUCAAACGAUACCGGGGUCACAUGUCGCAUGUUAACUCUGUCAAGUUUUCACCGGAUGGAUCAUGGAUUGCUUCGGCCGGUGCUGAAGGAAGUGUAAUUAUCUGGGAUAUCAGAAUGAGCAAACUGUUUAUGGAGUUUACCGAACGACAGACACCUGCAACGUGCGUAAAGUAUCAUCCCACAGAUCUGCUAAUGGCUGCCGGUCGAAGUGACGGUUCUGUGGAUUUGUAUGAUCUCGAGAAACGACAACUGAUCACACAAACGCCUGCACAGCACAGUACUGGCGCUGGUGGUAGUGGUCAGCCCGUACGUUGCAUCACGUUCGAUGAGAGUGGCAAAUGUUUGUUCGUCGGUACCGGUGCAGGUAUUACGGUGGUUGGAUGGGAACCGGAUCGAGAGUACGAUCGAAUCGAUUCGAACUGGAGCCAGUUGGGCGAUAUGAAAAUUGCUGGGUCAAAGCUGUUGUUUGGCACGUACGAGGAAGCCUCGGUUGCGAUCCAUGCUGUACCGUUAGGGCAUCUGCGUGCCUUUUACAAUCCACAAAAUCAAUCACAAUCAUUCACUCACAAUCAAACGUCUCGCAAGAGCUUCAGCAGAGGCAGCGGCAAGGUGCGGUUAUCAAUUGGUGCCAGCGGAGGUGGUGCCGGUGCAGGAGUCGCAUCGGAGUCGCAGGAAGGAGAAGCGGGCAGUGGUAAUGGUGGCGGUAUGUCACCGAACUUGAACAUCGAAAUGAUCGACGAAGAGGACGCCACGUAUGGCAGUGCGUUCGAUUUUAAUCUUCCACCACCCAAAAGCUCGCUGGAUGCGCUGGGAAAUGGAGGAAUGGUUGAUGGAUCAAAUGUAGGCAUACCGUUUCCGGCUGGCCCGGGAGAAACGGUAAUACCUUCGGCUGGUCCGCUCGUUAAUAAUCACUAUCUAGUGCGGGAAGAGAUGCAGAUGUACAAUCUGAACAGCCUCGACUACUACCCACUACCGAAGGGAAUUGUACCAGAGGUUGAAAAAGAAGACUUUCCGGUUAACAAUGCACAACCACCGGAUUACGCACCGAAAAGUGCCAGUCAACAGAUGACUGGUGGUUCCGGUUCGGCGUUUGUGAACGGCACGGCUGGUGGCACAUCGGGCACGGGAAAGAGCGGUGGUUCUGGGACGAGCGGACGAGUUGGAAACAUGAGGGCGUCGGGAAGCACAGCGUCAGACCAGCGACGACCCGGCAGCAUUCAUGGUGGCGUAGGCCACAGCCGAUCGGCAGGGAACCUUGUAAGACGUCUUGCCACCUCGAAAAGUACACUUGAGCUAAACAAACUGCCGGCAGAUGAAGCGGUCACGUUCAAGAAGCCGAUCAGUCGCGGCAGCUCACCUAUCCGGCACCAGAGCCACCAGCCACCGUACCAAAGUGGCACCGGGUCGAGCAUGAGCAAAAUUCAGCGUAGCGAGAGCAGUGCUCAGAUCACGGGCAUGCGUAACGGCACGAACGGGGGCACUGAACGUUCUCGGCAACAUAACGCGAACGUAAAGGUACAAAUCGUUACCAAGCCGGUACGCUCGAAAACGUCGCUAGAUAUUCGCCAUCGCACGACAGCUGGACCGGCGGGUGGAAUUUACGGUCAGCGAGCAUCCAGCAUUAACCAGAAUGCGGGAAUGAACGCCCAUGGGGAGGCGCAGACAGACUAUGGUAGUGUUGGGAAUGUGGGAGCACUAAUGUUAGACCAACCGGCCGUAGGACCCACUAUCCUUCGGUACGGUGGUCACGAGAGUUCGAGCAUGGAAUACGAAAUACAGGUGUUACGAAACGAGCACGACACUACGCUUCAGGCACUUUGUAAUCGAACCGCACUGUUAUCUGCCAUCCGGAACUACACAAAAUCAGGCGACGUAACUGGUGCGCUGAAGGUGGCAGUACGCAUGAACGAUCAGCAUAUCCUUGUCGACGUGCUCGGCGCAAUAUUGGAGAAAACUUCCCAAUGGACACUUGAUAUGUGCGUGCUGCUACUGCCAAAGGUGUAUGAUCUGCUACAGAGCGAGUAUAAAUUCCAUUGCACCCGAGCCUGCGAUACGCUGCGUGUCAUACUGUCCACGUUUCUGCCCGUGAUACGCGAAAACACCGACCCGUGGGGGGCGUGUACGAUCGGCGUGGACGUUAGCCGGGAAGAGCGCCAGAGCAAGUGUCUCGAGUGCAAGAACUGGCUGCUGCGAAUACGAUGUUUGCCGGAAAAUCCCAAAAUGGGCAGCAACUUGCAGCAGUUGCAGAACAUGAUAGUGGACAUCUGA